AUGAGCAUUGUAGUAUUGUGGGUCUAUUCUGGGGUCCCCCUGUUUAGGAAAACUGCCAAACCACUGGGCUAUGAAGUGCACAGGAGCCAGAAUUGGCAGUACGAAGAGAUUGUAGGCCCAGGGUCGUUCUUCUUCAAGUUCCAGCCAGUGAUCGAAAAGGUCAAUGGCCCUAUCCAAGAAGGGCGCGAAAAGCUGAAGCAAAGCCCUUCGGACUUCGAAGGUCUCAUGUACCAGACCAACAUGACAGAGUGGCCCAAAGAGCACCAGAAGUAUGACCUUGUCAAGCGCACAGGCAGCGGCUAUAGGUUCAAGCCUGGGACAGAGCCCAACUUCACCUUCGUGCAGGCCAAGUAUGUGGCUAUAAGGCCCCACACUGAAAUUGGCGACUUCGACCGCGACGCCUACACCGACAAGAUGACUUUCCGAGGCCAGAAGCUGGCUAAGGCCUGCCACCCUGGGCGUGGCCAGGGCGUUUGCGACGUUCCGCACAUCAAGCUUAUCGGAGAGAUUCAUCCAAACGACAUUAUCCAGGGCUCCGUUGGCGACUGCUGGCUGCUCUCCGCCAUCUCGGCGCUGUCAGAGCUGCCCGUGUUGAGGUUCCAGGGGGCUAUUGCCAAGAUCUUCCGCAAGACGGAAAGGAAGAGUUGGUCUCCUGUGGAUAUUGAGAUUGACGAGCGUCUGUGCAUGCUGCCAGAUGGCGCACAUCCAAGCUAUGACGCGGAGCUGUGGGCAUGCUAUCUCGAGAAGGCUGUCGCCAUCCACUGUGGUGGAUGGGACGAGCUCGAAGGAGGGCAAUGCCCGCACGCGUGGCGAUUGCUGACGGGCUGCAAUGACCAGUAUGUCUUUAUGGAUGAUGGCGAUGGGUUUGAAUGCUGGGGGAAGUUCAACCCCAAUAAGGAGUCGUGGGAGCACAUGGAGAACUCCAUCAAGAGGAGCUCCCAAACCAUCUGGCGCAUGGACUGGCCGGAGGUGGGUGGAGGAGGGGACAAGCGGACCAAGUGUGGGCAUAAUGAGAUGUUUGAGCGAAUGUGUGCCUGGGACGACCAGAACUAUGUCCUGGCGGCCGGAACCAAGGCAGGCUCAGACAGCAACGACACAGAUGGGAUCGUGGAUGGUCACGCCUACACUGUGAUCACAUGCCUGAACGACGUGGCCGGCACCACACAUGACCUGAUAAAGGUGCGCAAUCCCUGGGGCCGGGGCGAGUUCACCUCUGGGGAGUGGUGCGAUGACGGGCCCGGGUGGAGGAAGCAUCCCGAGGUGGCUGCUGUGUGCAAGCCGGUGAAGGCUAACGACGGUGUGUUCUGGGUCAGCAAGGAAGAGUUCUUCAAGUAUUUCAAGACCAUCUACUUGUGCGCGAUGGACAUGAAGAAGUUUGUAGGGUGA